AAUAGAGCGGUGCCGGAGUAGGGGCUCGGCCAAUAGGCGACGGGUGCCGGGGGAAGGCGAGGACAUGGCGGCGCUGCGGGUGCUGAUGUUGGGGGUCUUGAUGGUGUUGAUGGCCGGCGAGGGGCCUUGGGCUGCGGGGCAGAAGAAGAAGGAGAUGGUUUUAUCUGAAAAAGUUAGCCAGCUGAUGGAGUGGGCCAGCAAAAGAGCUGUUAUUCGAAUGAAUGGAGACAAGUUUCGUCGCCUUGUAAAGGCACCACCAAGAAAUUACUCGGUGGUUGUGAUGUUCACUGCUCUUCAGCCUCACAGACAAUGUGUUGUGUGCAAGCAGGCUGAUGAAGAAUACCAGAUUCUGGCAAACUCCUGGCGAUACUCCAGUGCGUUUACCAAUAAGGUUUUUUUUGCCAUGGUGGAUUUUGAUGAAGGCUCAGAUGUAUUUCAGAUGCUAAAUAUGAAUUCAGCUCCAACAUUCAUUAACUUCCCAGCUAAAGGGAAACCUAAAAGGGGUGACACAUAUGAGCUGCAGGUGCGAGGUUUUGCAGCUGAACAGCUUGCUCGCUGGAUAGCUGAUAGAACUGAUGUCAAUAUUCGAGUGAUAAGACCUCCAAAUUAUGCUGGUCCCUUGAUGCUGGGUUUGCUGCUGGCAGUCAUUGGUGGCCUUGUGUACUUACGGAGAAGUAACUUGGAUUUUCUCUAUAACAAAACUGGAUGGGCUUUUGCUGCUUUGUGUUUUGUGCUAGCAAUGACAUCAGGCCAAAUGUGGAAUCACAUCAGAGGGCCACCAUAUGCUCAUAAGAAUCCCCAUUCAGGACAAGUGAACUAUAUCCAUGGAAGCAGCCAAGCCCAAUUUGUGGCUGAAACACACAUUGUUCUACUGUUUAAUGGUGGUGUUACUUUAGGAAUGGUAUUACUGCAUGAAGCUGCUACCUCUGAUAUGGAUGUGGGGAAAAGAAAAAUAAUGUGUAUAGCUGGAGUUGGCCUCGUGGUAUUAUUCUUCAGCUGGCUGCUCUCUGUCUUCAGAUCUAAAUACCAUGGCUAUCCAUACAGUUUCCUGAUGAGCUAAAGGAUUCCAUAGACUGGGAGCAUUUGAAAGUUGUCAGCUCUGAAACUGUGUAAUGGAACUGAAGAGCUAAAUGCAUGUGGUUCAUGCUACCUCUUUUGAACAUGAAUGAGAUAGUUAAACACUGAACCAAAGAAAAUGUGUAGUGCCUUAAAAUGACAGUUUGCUCUGAAAGUCACAUGGAGUAUUAAGAUUCAGUCUUUUUUCAUAAGCUUUAUAUCAUGUUAAACCAUUUUACUUUAAACCUAAUGGAAUUCAAAACUUAGAUUAUGGACUAACAGUGUUUCUUUAAAAUAACUAGAAACAGUACUUACAUUUGGUUUGAUAAUUUUGUUUCCUGCUUCCUCAAUGGUGUGGGGGUUGUAUUUUUUUUUUUUUUUAAUUCCUUUAUCUUUCCUCUCAUCCUUUUGGUUUCUCUCAUUUUCUUUUCCCUUUUUUCAUAACACUGAUGCUUGGGUUAUACCCUUUCAUGAAUGAGAGAGCCAAACGCAGCAUGUACCUGGAAAUCUCUUCCUUUUUUCUAGAACACACUCCGGCUUCUAGCAGCAAAUGUGCAGAUAUUACAGUUCUUCGACCUGAGUCUCUUGUACUUAACUGCAGUGCAGUGCAAAUUAUUAUCCCCACAGAGUAAGGGAAAGUUAUAACAUAUAGCACUGGUGAACAUAUGUGGAACCUUGAAUGAAGUUAUCCAGAGUGGUUUGAUAUUGAGUUUCCCCUCAAUUCUCAACGCUUCCCACCAUCAAAAAGACACUGAUGUAUUUUUAAUAAAAUGACCCACAGUUUGUCGCAGACUCUGCUGUUCUGAACUGUCUAAUAAAUUUGAGGCAAUCCCCCUUUCCCUUCUGAUUACAUUGCCCGGUUAAGUGGACAUUGAGGACCCUCUUUGCCUGAUACUGAAAUUCCUCUGUAUGCUAUAAAUGCUGGCACAGUGAAUCCAGUCUGCAUAGUCCAAGGUUCAGAAUGUUCUUAGCCUUUUCUUCCUUCGCGGUAGCUGAUUUUGAAAAAUUGUAAUCUGAAAAAUAGUCCAAAAGAUAGUCCGUUUCAGCUGAUAAAACAGAGGGAUCCUAAAUGUGGUAUAUAAAUGUUUUCAGACUCCUGCCAAAAAAGCAGACAUGCCAGCACUUUGAGUCAUUGUAAUUUGGAACUGUGAUUUGCCACCUCCUUUAACUUGUUCUAGUUUCCUUCAGCUUUACUUAAUAGGAAGAUUGGAUGGGUGGGGGAUUACGGGUAUGAUUCCAGGAUAACACUAUUAUCUUGGUGGAGAUUCUCAUAGCCUUAUAGUAGCCCUUUCUGCUUUAUUUUCUGCUCUUAUUUCCUCUAACCAAGCAUAGUGUGUCCCCCGAAACACUUCCUUCUCCAUCCUAUUCCUGAGAAGGAAGAGACUUAACUUCUUAUGCCUCAGCCCAUUUAGUCUUAAAAAUGGGCCAUAACUAAGAAUUCCAGCACCAGUACUAGUGGAAACUCUUGCAGCUUGAUUAGAAAGUGCUACCUGUUACAGAGCAGGACAAAUUCCUAGAGGUCAUUUAUCAUGAAGGAUGUUAUAAAUAAGUAAUUUCUUGUCCUCUCCCCUGUUCCAGGAGGGCAAGAGAUAUGGAACUUUUCUUUGGACUAUAAAAUACAUAAGAAAUAACUACUUCAUUCAAACUAGAAUGUUACUGUUAUUCAAGUUCGCAGUUCACUAAGUUAACUUACAUCUCAAGUGCCUUAACUACACUAAUCUAGUCUUCAGUUUAAAUAUUGGGAUGUUUUUAUACAGCUCAGAACAAUGAGCCUUAGUAGCACAGAUAAUCACUUGAUUGACUGGAUUUUGGACAACUUUCAAUAAAAUGUUUUACAGUCUAA